GAUGGUGCAAUGAAAUACCAUUUUCCCUUCCAUUUUGAAGCCAUAUCUAGUCGUACACAAUGCCAUGUUUCUCUUGUUAACGCGAUUUUGAGAUUCUGCUGGAUUUCCUGUAAAGAGGUGGUCUCGUGUUGCUCCAUCAAUGUCAUCUAAGCCUGCCAAAGGCCCUGCCUCAUCCGAGAUGAGUUGCAUAACACCAGAAGAAGCAGAAAGUGAAACCAAAAAGGUUAGCAAGAGUAUCGAUGCCAAUAUAAUCUGUAACAAUCCCCUGUACCAAGAACCCAAGAAAAAGGAUCCAAUAGGAAAAUAUAGUGCAAACUCAGGUUAUGGUUCACCAAGGAAAACUGGAUUUACCAAGAUAACUGAAAAUGUAAAUUUUAAUCGUCACUUGGAUCCCAAAACGAUGGAUCCAUUAAGCAGGCCUGUGGGAAAUGCUAGUGCUAAUCAACGUGCCCUUCCAAGCACUAGAACAUCUCCAAAAUCUCAACUUUCAACUACUUCAGCAGCAGCAGGAGCAACAACAACAGCUGCGUUGCCAGCAAACAUGAAGGCAAAUGAAGCAAAGACUUUUAGUUCCAUUACCAACUUGAGUGGCAGAAGCUCUACUCGUGCCAACAGUUUAGAGAGCUCCGGUGGUGCCAACAAGCCCCACACAGGGGGUGAUGUCAGAUGGGACGCCAUUCAGUUGGCCACUGCCACAGGUACAAUCGGCCUUAGCAACUUUAGGCUUCUCAAGCGCCUUGGAUAUGGUGACAUUGGUAGUGUCUAUCUUGUUGAACUUAGAGGGACUAAUGCCCAUUUUGCUAUGAAAGUAAUGGAUAAGGCUUCUCUUGCAAGUAGAAACAAGAUAGUAAGAGCGCAGACAGAGAGGGAGAUUCUUGGACUUCUUGACCACCCAUUCUUGCCCACAUUAUAUACUUAUUUCGAAACUGACAAAUUUUACUGCAUCGUCAUGGAAUUCUGCAGUGGAGGCAAUCUUCAUUCUCUUCGGCAGAAGCAGCCUAACAAGCAUUUUACUGAGGAAGCAGCACGAUUUUAUGCAUCAGAGGUGUUGUUGGCUCUUGAAUAUCUGCACAUGUUAGGCAUAGUAUACAGAGAUUUGAAGCCAGAAAAUUUGCUAGUUAGAGAUGAAGGACAUAUCAUGCUCUCAGACUUUGAUUUAUCGCUUCGUUGCUCGGUGAGUCCAACCCUUGUCAAGUCUUCAUCUUUACAUGCAAGCAACAAUGGCAGCGGCGGUGUAGGCAUUUUGGAGGAUGAAUCUGUAGUGCAGGGUUGUAUCCAACCGUCAACAUUUUUCCCACGCAUAUUACCAGGUAAAAAGAGCCGAAAAUCCAAAUCAGACUAUGGACUCUUUGUUGGAGGGUCAAUGCCAGAAUUAAUGGCAGAGCCGACAAACGUUCGUUCGAUGUCAUUUGUUGGCACACACGAGUACUUAGCCCCAGAGAUCAUUCGCGGAGAAGGUCAUGGCAGUGCAGUGGACUGGUGGACUUUCGGCGUCUUCUUAUAUGAACUAUUGCAUGGAACAACACCCUUCAAAGGACAUGGAAAUAGAGCUACAUUAUUCAAUGUUGUUGGGCAGCCAUUGAAAUUUCCAGAAAAUCCACAGGUCAGUAUGGCGGCUCGUGAUCUGAUAAGAGGACUUCUAGUUAAAGAACCCCAUAAAAGAAUUGCAUACAAAAGGGGAGCGACAGAGAUAAAACAGCAUCCAUUUUUUGAAGGAGUGAACUGGGCUCUGGUCAGAAGUGCCUUGCCUCCACACGUACCUGAACUGGUAGACUUCUCACAAUAUGCUAGCAAAGAAGCCCCCCCAGCUGACAAGAAAACGCCAGACAUUGGAGGUGAUAAAAAAUAUGGCAGUUCUCCUGAAAACAAGGAUGAAUCUUAUGUAGAGUUUGAAUACUUUUAGGAAUAAUUCCAUUAUAUUCUGGUUGAUCCAUAAAUUGCCAUCUUCGAGAGAAACUGAAACUGUACAAAGACAAUAUCUUGAGGGUGUGCCUAACAAGAACCAUUCUUUUCUGAGUGAAGAGAAAUGACGUCGUGUUUUAUCCAAGUUUACCCCCAACCCUUCUUUUUUUCCCUUUCCCUCUUCCUUGUAUCA